AACACGACAUCCGGACAGCUCGAGGUUGAUGCUUACAGCGAUCUUUGGGAUAGCAGUCAUGCAUGUUGAUUCUUCGGAGCCACCAAAUCUAAAUUGAUGCCCAAACAGUAUCCUAAGAAAUUCACAUAAUGUGCACAUAAUUUGAACUUCAGCGAUUCCAGUCAUCCGACUUCCAAAACUAACUGUUGAACCUCCGAGCUAAGUUGAAACGUAAAGAAUCGAAUCAACAUGAUGAAAGACGACGCAAUUGACGAACCAUUCAGUGAUUCGGCCGAGCACAAGAAGAACGACGAUGAUGCCAAUCACAAGAAGAACGAUGAUGUGGAAAAAUCGGCUGAUUCCUCCUCUGCUAACUCCAAGCCUAUCGCGGACAAAGCCAAAGAGUUUGUGAUUAGCAUGUUGGAGAUGGCGAAGAAUGCGGACAAGCGAACGAUGCUGAUUGCAAAGCAGAAGAUCGAAGCCAAGUCCACUGAGUUCUUCCGUGCUGUGGUGGACGCAAUGAAAGACGCCAAGCCCAACAUGCUUCUUGCAAAGAAAGCUUUCGAAAAGAAAGCCAAGAUGUUCUUCUACCUUGUGAUGGAGAUGAUGAAGCAAAUUAACAAGCAGAACCUUCUCAAUUCGAAGGAAUGGUUGCAAAUCAAGUCUAGAGAACUAAUCUACAAGGCCACAAAGCUUGUUAAGGAAACAAACUACCGAAAGGUCCUCAAGCGAGAGGCUCGACGUGAUCUCAUCACUCGGCAUGGCAGGACCGUUAUGACGAUGGUCGCAGUGGUCAUGAUGGUGACGAUUGCUUUCAGUGGCAACGACGGUCUUGACGAGGGCAAAUUCCUUUCUGAGUACCCUCCCAAAGGUGUGCGUGGACGAUCCCUUGCGAUGGCUCUUGCUGCUCAUCCUGCCAUGAUGCCUUUCCAGCCAUCCGAGCACAGCUUGCACCCAAAGUGGAGGUUGUGGCAUGACAUGACUGCUGAUCAGCAAGUGAAGGCCCUGGAAGAGUUGGUUCCAUACUUUGAGCGCUAUGGUUGGAAGAUUGGCGGGGCAUGGACGAAACAGCACAUUGAAAAGGAAAAGAUCUGUGACUUUGUUCCCAACUCUCCCACCGACAUUUGUGACACGUUGCCCUCGAAGCCUUGUUCCUUCCUCUCUUUUGGUCUUCACAGCGACGGUAUCUUUGAGAAGAACCUGGCCAAGGUCAUGGAAUGUAGGGGUUUCGUGGUGGACCCUGUGGCCGUGAAGAACUCCAAGUUGGCACCCUCCGUCUCCUUCCAAAACUACGAGCUUUCAUCACUGCAUAGCUAUGGAGACGAAAAACCGACGAAAGAACAACGUGAACACAACUCCUGGAACACCUCCGUCCCCGCCAUCCAGAAGUUUCUCAGGUUGGAUUUCGCCGACGUACUCAGGCUUGACUGCGAAGGUUGUGAAAUUGCCAUGAUGCGUGACAUUCUUGUCGAGGACCCCACUUUCUUCCACAAGUUUGGGCAAGUCUCUGUGAAGAAGCACGCUGCUGAAGAAUUCGUAAAAACUGAAGAGGAUCUUUACUACUUUGGCUUGAUGUUCCCGCUCCUGGAAGAAGCAGGGUUCACUCUCGUUUCGUCGAGGGUGCUGUCUUGCAAGGCCAAGUUCGAGAAGAAUGGAUGUAGAAGUGAGUUCAACGAGUGGGGUUACAUUUGUGGCCACGGAGCCGACGAUCAGCACAAGCAGAGUCGAAGCUGUCAAGACUUCUUGUUUGCCAAAGACGAUCUGGCUUAUCGCCCCGCUGCCUUGCCCAAGAUUUAAAGCGGAUGCUGCUCUACAAAGGGCAGUCUAAACUGGACACGAUACGUGUACAUUGCAUGUCAAAAAACUAAUGAACCUAAUCGUCAAAGGUAUACCUAAUAGCUAAAGGACCGCGGGUCAGUUCUUUCUUGCCGUUAAACUUCUGCCCGUUAGCCCAGUCCAGUACAAAGUUGGUGAUUACAAUGUG